AUGUCGUGCAAAACUUGUCAAUCGCGCAAUACAGAAUGUGUAUACAGAGACUACAUUCGGCAUCGACGCAAGAAAAAUGAAUAUGGAGACUCCAGUCCGAGGAACUCACCUCGUCCAGAACCGAGCUUGGCUCAAUCCUCGUCACAGCGGACACCAACUGUCAUGCAAGGUUUCACGAAGAGUGUCUCGGCAACACAUCAGGCUUCUCCGUCAUGCUCAAUGCAACUGUACUAUGGGCCUACUUCUCAUUUUUCUCUAAUGCAACACAUCUAUAGAGAUCUCGUGUCCCAUCCGACUGCCCAGCCUGAAUCGUCUGAGGGAGUUGUCGAAGCCUCAGCAGGCUUGGAUCUAUUCUCGUUUCGGCGGAUCUUCUUUGGGACACCCGAUUCAUAUGAAAACAACAAGUCUAACGGGAUAGGGGAUGUCCCAGUGAUGUUCCUGCCCUAUGACCUGGCCAAGUUGUUCAUGUCGAGAUUUCUAUCAUCCCUAUAUCAUAUGAUGCCGCAUCGUCCCAAAAUAUGGUAUGAACAGUGUCUCGACCGACUAUAUCAUUCUUCUCCCACGAACACUUUAGAUACCCUCACUCAGGCGAUCAUCUUGCUCGCCAUGGCGUGUACAUCACUUGGCACGGAUCACUUUGCCUGGGGCGAUAUACUGUUUGAGCGUGUUAAGGCUUCAAUGACACCAUUUGAUGAUGUGGUCAAUCUUCAAACCAUUCAGAAUGAACAAGGUCGUCCCAAUUCGGCAUUCUUACACCUCGGCACGGCUUCUAGGAAGGCCUUGGCAGCUGGAAUGCACAAGGAUGUUCCUCACGGUAUUGAUCAAUCACCGGAAAACCUUGAAGAACGACGAGUCACAUUUUGGUCUCUUUACGCUUACGAAACCUGGUUUUGCUUUCAUGCAGGUCGCCCUUCGUCUCUGUCACUGAAGGACGUCGCAAUUGACGUGGCACAAGAUCCCUUCAUUCGAUUAUUGGCAGAGCUCUGCAAAACCAUUACUCGGACCUCCGAUGAAAUUUAUGGUCAGCGGCAUGAGUCUUUGUUGCAUAUGUGGAAAGUGGCACGAACCAUAGCAGAUGACCUCCGUGGCCACGAAGCCCAUAUGAGACAAGCUUUGAGGAUUGGUCUUGAUUCUGGUAUCCAAACGGGAUCCCUUGGGGUUCGGCAAACGAUAUUCACCACCCUAUACUAUCAUACCAUGCUUCUCACAUUCCGCCCGUUUUUGAUAUUCCGUGGUCAUUGGCAGCGUGACCUAAAAAUGUCACUUAACAGAUCCAAGGUCAAUACCACAAAUCGCCCGACAGAAACGCCAUCUUGGCUCAAUGAAGCUUGUAAUCAUGCUACCACUGCUGCCCAGAAAACAAUUCAUCAUCUGUGCGAAGCUUCCAGACUCAAUGACCUGGUUCGACAACUUCGCUACCACGGCUAUUUUAUAGGAAGUUCCACUUUCACCCUCAUUUACGAAUUUAUUCAUAAUCCGAGUGUCGCACCCACCUACCUACCAUGGGUAUACGCUUCAAUGCAAAAUCUUGCCUCAAUGCGCGCAGGGGAUCCUGUCACAAGCACAAUAUCAGCCCUUCAGACCGUACUUUGCAAGAUCAACGCAACAUACGGAUGGUCUUCAUAUCCGUCGAUAGUUGGAGGACAAAUCACGCAGCCAGAAAUGACAACAGCCACACAACAAGGACUUUCCCGCAAACGCACUAACAGUUCAGUCUUGAAUGACUCUGCUUUAUCUCAAAAUCCGUCCUUUGGAUAUCGCCCAGAUCUGCCGGUAUCACCUUGGAAUCUCCCACAGCUUGACAUGCCAGAAACGGGAGGAUCUGGCGGAUCUGGAGAGGAGUUACUUGAUUUUACGCAGUCUGAUAUGGGCUGGGACUUUGACUUUUCCACCAUGGAUCUUGAGGCGUUCUUUUCUGUAUAUCAGUCCAAUGACGCACCGACCUUUUGA